AUGGCAUCUCGGAAGCCCAGUCUCCGGAAUGGCUCCUCCGAGGACCUGCGGCAUGCCACAGUGCUUGCGAAGGAGGGCCUGGAGAACGUGGUGAACUUUACGCCAGUGAAAGUAGUGCAAGAGUUACCAGUGCCAUGGCCCAGAUAUCAAGAGAUGGUCCAACAGCUCGGGGAACACCGCAAGGUUCCUACAAAGGAUGACCUGGUGCUGGCGGUGUCCCACGCCUGGUCCCAUCAGUUGCACCCAGAUCCCUUGGGAUGGAAGGCGGAGGCCAUCAAGAAGCUGACGCAGGAGGCGCUCAAGGACUAUCAGAUCUCAGGGGAGCCGCUCCUGUUCUACGACUUCAUGAGUAUGAGCCAGAACCCUUUCCGUCCUGGCCAACCAGAGCGGAGUCCCGAGGAGCAGGCCGGCUUCCUGAAGGCCAUCGAUGCCUUGCCGGAAGUGUUUUUCACCGCGGAUGCGGUGCUUCACGUGGAAGGCCAAUGGCCGGAGCUGGACUGCGAGAAGACCACCCGCAAGGUGAGUUGGAGCGAGAUGUCCAAGAUGAAGCUGAAGCAAAAUGGAUCGCAAGUCAUUACCUAUGAUCAGUACAUCGCCAAGGACGGCAGCGUGGCGGAGCUUCCGGUCUUCACUAUCCGCAGCGACCCCUCGGGCUUGGAGUCCCCGAAGAGCGUGGAGGAUAUGCACAAGUAUUCCAAGUCCAAAGGGAAGACCUGCCUUCCGCGGCUCCUGCCUUGCCGGAAGCCGCCGGUCAUCGAGGAUGCUGUGUUCGUGGUGCAGCCUUCGCCCAUGGGCCGGCGGAACCCCAUCCCUGCCGGGGAGCGAGGCUGGAUUUAUUUCGAGCGCCUUGUCUCCACAAUCCGCGUUGCUCUCACGGACGAGCAGUACGCCGCCCGCACGGUCUAUGCCAACGUGCCAGACUUGAAGGAGUCAAUCCUUGUGCGGGCCAAGACGCUGCGAAAGUGCGCAGCAAGCAGCAACUCGGAGCUGCAGGAGACCUUCGAGAAAUAUAUCGCAGAGAUCCGCGAAAAGACCUUCUCCGCGACCUCCAUCGACAAGAAAGCCGCCUCAGCCAAGACCAAGCUGACGGAUGUGGACUUGGUCUUUGCAUUGCUGACGCGCCUGCGGCAGCGGGUAUCUCUGGCCCUGGCCAUGACGGUAAGGAACCUGAGCCUAAAGGAGUGCAAGGAGUUGCUGGGUGGGAAGGCGGACCUGUCCAUCCAAGAUGGUCGGGGGUACACCGCGCUGCACAAUGCCGCGAGGUGGCGGAACCCGGAGGUCGUCAGCUUCCUGGUGGACGCGGGCGCUUCCCGAGGAAGUCGGGACCGACUUGGGAACACCGCGGCCCAUGUGAUUCCGCUCUAUGCGGAUGACAUCACCCUUCAGUUGGCGGAGGUCCUUGCAGGAGACAAGGCCUACCUCAAGAAAAAGAGCGGGGCUUCAAGUCCUGAGUCGGCUGGAGGUGUGGGGUUUGACGGCGGUGAACGGCCGGGAGUUCAAGCCAGCCAUCGACUGGAUCAGAUCGAAGAAAGAUCAACACCCCGAUCUCUGCAACGACAACGCGAAGUCCACCAGUGCCCGGAAGUUCGGGCGCUUCCAGGUGCACUGCUCCACCGUGACCUUGCUGGUGGGCCAGGAGGAGCGCCCGGUUCGCGUCGUGGAGCCUUGCUUCGAGCCUGUGGCCCACUUACUGUACCUGGGCUUUCCUCGGUUCAUCCCCUGGCAGCUGCAGGAGCCGAUUUUGCGAUCCUGGGCUGA